CAGACCACCACUGAGAAGAGCGUGUAUAUAUAUACUGGACGAAUUAUAUGGAUUUGGUGGUAUAGCAUUAGAAAGGUAAAGACGUCGGGCUACUGUACGCAAUAAACAAUCAUUGCUGUGUUCUCAGAAGAAGACAAAGGCUCCAGUCAAGAUGUCUUCAAUAGUAUUUCUAUUGUGUUUGCUAAGCGCUGUCAGAUCAGUGGAUCUGCGAGCAAAUCAGAGAGGAGUCAGGAACGAUGACUCUAUGAUAGAAGAGUUGUUUCAAAUUAAAGAAGAUGAGUGGAAGGACAAUUCAGAUGUAACCUUCGACAAAAGUGAGUCAAGACUCCCCAGAAUAUGGAAAACAGUCCAAUACUCGCCCAGGCACUACAAUCCUUGUACUAUACAAAUAAAACAUUGGAAAACAAAUGAAUAUCUGAAUCAAAAGCAGUACGACUUUCAACCAGAUGAAAUAAGAGUAAAACAUUGUAACGGCACCAACUCGAACGGAAUUGUAAAACGAGGCUGCAGAACCACCAUGGAUUGCGUGACCACGUACGAAAGAAGAAAAUUUAUGCGCAAGACAAAAGGCGCGCCUUGCACUCAGUGGUAUGCAUACCAGAAUGAUAUUCCAGUAGGAUGUGAAUGUAUGAUAAGUAAUUAACCUUGCAUAAACACUAAAAAAUGCCUUUUGGGGAGUCGAUGACUCUAAACGAGAAUUGUUUUUUGGGGAAAAAAAAAACACACUUCUAAACCCUUUGAAAAAGAUAAGACAAUUAAUUACUAUUUUUUCCAUGUGCUUUGUUCUGCCGGUUUGAGAGAUCAAAUAAUUUAGUUUCAGCACUUUUUCCAAACCUUUUUUCCUAUAAUAGUAACAUUGAGUUAAUAACAUGCAUUAGUUUCCAUGGCAACGUCUACUCUCGCAAAGGAUCAUGGUUUCUAACCGGCGGCACCUUAAAUACAUUUGGUUUUAAUUUAUAAACGAUUGCCUGAAUGGAACAGAGUGGUGGUUGGGCAAAACAGGGUCACCUGUCCUGUUACUGCAAAUAGCCAAUCAUAUCGACUGACUAUUACGUAAUAACUCAGUCCUAAUGACCUAAACUCACCGCUCUGUUCUGAAGGGCCUCAUUAAAUCCGUAAUGGCGAAAUGACCAAUACCCGUCUAAAUUCCAAAUAAAAUUCAGUUGUUGAAGAGCCACUCUGUGGAAA